AUGGAAGCCUGUGUCAAAUGUCCAGAUGAUCUCUAUCCCAGCAAAGACCAGAAUCAAUGCAUUCCCAAAGUCAGAAGCUACCUCUCCUAUAAAGAGACUUUAGGGAUCAUAUUAGCUUUGCUGGCUAUAUCUUUCUCUCUGAUCACAGCUUUGGUGCUUGGAACCUUCAUCAAAUACUGGGAUACCCCCAUUGUCAAAGCCAACAACCAAAACCACACCUACAUUUUCCUCAUCUCCCUUCUUUUUUGCUUCCUCAGCUCCUUGCUCUUCAUUGGACAGCCUUCAAAAGUGACUUGCCUUUUCCGCCAAACUACUUUUGGCUUCAUCUUUUGUGUGGCCCUUUCCAGUUUGUUGGCCAAAACCAUCACUGUGGUUCUGGCCUUCAUGGCCACCAAACCAGGAUCCAGGAUGAGAAAAUGGGUAGGCAAAAAAACAACACAUUCUAUUGUUCUUUCUGGCUCCUUUAUUCAAAUACUGAUUUGUACUCUUUGGCUAAGUACUUCCCCUCCAUUUCCAGAUCAGGAUAUGCACUCAGUGCCAGGGACAAUCAUACUGGAAUGUAACGAGGGCUCAACUAUCAUGUUUUACUCAGUCUUUGGCUAUCUGGGCUUUCUGGCCAUUGUGAUUUUCAUUGUGGCAUUCCUAGCCAGGAAGUUACCUGACAGUUUCAAUGAAGCCAAAUUUAUCACGUUCAGCAUGUUGGUCUUUUGUAGUGUUUGGUUUUCCUUUGUUCCAACUUACUUGAGCUCCAAAGGGAAAUCCAUGGUGGCUGUGGAGAUCUUUUCCAUCUUGGCUUCCAGUGCUGGCUUACUGGGUUGCAUCUUUUCUCCUAAAUGCUACAUCAUUUUGCUGAGGCCAGACCUGAACAGGAGGAAGCCAAUAAUGAGGAAAGUGUGA